GAUAAAAAGGUGUUUGGCGGCGGGGAGCGACUAUUUGAGACGGAGAAAGGGCCACAUGAUGCUGCACAUCGGGACCAUGCAAACCACGUCCAGGCUGCUCAGCGACGCGCUACUCUGCGCACUGCUGCUGCUCUCCAGUGCCGCUGGAGCCGAAGUGUUGGACACCGAGUCCGAAGAGGAGCUGAGCCCCAGAGCCUUGCGGGACUUCUAUCCCAAAGGUCCGAACCUGACCAGUGAGAAGCAGCUGCUCGGAGCUCUCCAAGAAGUUCUCGAAAAGCUGCAAGCUAAACGAUUGCCUUCAUGGGAGAAGAAAUUUGGCCAAGUUCCAACGUGUGAUGUCGGGGAGCAGUGCGCCGUGAGGAAAGGCGCUCGGAUCGGCAAGAUGUGCGACUGUCCCCGGGGAGCCUUCUGCAACUUUUUCCUGCUGAAGUGCUUAUGAGCUUCGCCGGAUCUGUAGCAUUGAGAAGUGGAAAAGAAAAAAACUCUCACUCGAUUCCUUUGUAAUUACUGUCAUAUUUUUUAUGAUACAGCUGAGGAGCAGGUGGGGUGACUGCCCAACCCGUGCGAAAAAGAACUAUAGUAGUUCUAUAAUAAGUAACCUAUAUAUUUUAAAACUAUAUCAUAUCACAGAAAAGCUAUAGACAGGAGAUGAUCAUAUACUAUAAAGACCCUUAAAGUUAAAUAUUCAGAACCACCUCACGUCUGUAGGAAAGCCACAGGAUCGUUGUUAUGAUACAGUAGGAUCUUAUAAAUAACCCACAAUGCACAAUAAAGUCACCGCAGGACCACAUACACACUGUAAAGUCUGAACAGCAAUAUUAUGACACUAUUAUAAUGAUUCUUCGUCUGGGCAAAUCCAAAAUCUGUCGUUUGAACUUUAACUAUUUUCUUUCAGAUGAAUGUUUUGUUUGUUACAUUGAUUGUUACAAUUUCUUUCAAGUACUUUUACUUGUAAUGGAGUAUUUUUACAUUGUGUUAUUACUACUUCUGUGUAUCCACCAAUCAUGGUAAUAAACAUCAUUAUUGUUUUGUAAAGCAGUGGAGUGGCCGCAUAUUCUUUAUUAUGUUUGUUAUGCAGAAUCACUUAUACAACGCGCAUGUUUUCUGUUUUUUAUUGAUAAAAAAAAA